AUGGGAUCCUCUAAGCUGGCCCUGCUUCUGGUCUUGGUGUCCUGCGUGGAACGCUGCCUGUCUGCCUCCUGUGUCGUUGACAGCUUCUCAGUCAAAGAGGACUUUGACCCCAAGAGGUAUGCAGGGAAGUGGUACGCGCUGCAGAAGAAAGAUCCAGAGGGCCUGUUCCUGCAGGACAACAUCUCAGCUGAGUACACCAUCGAUGAUGACGGCUCCAUGACUGCCUCCUCCAAGGGACGUGUCACUCUGUUUGGCUUCUGGGUCGUGUGUGCUGACAUGGCUGCCCAGUACUCUGUCCCCGACCCUGCCAACCCCGGGAAGAUGUUCAUGAACUACCAGGGACUGGCCAGCUACCUGUCCAGUGGAGGUGACAACUACUGGGUGAUUGACACAGACUACGACAACUACGCCAUCACCUACGCCUGCCGCACCCUGAACGAUGAUGGCAGCUGCGAAGACGGCUACGCGCUCGUCUUCUCCAGGAACCCCCGUGGCCUGCCUCCCGCCAUCCAGCGCGUUGUGCGUCAGAAACAGGAGGAGAUCUGCAUGGCCGGACAGUUUCAACCUGUCCUGCAGUCUGGAGCCUGCUAA